AUGGAACGCGAAAUGAUUGGUCUCGGCAAAGAAACCCUGGCCAGUGCUAAAGAAAGUUCGUGUCUCCCCGUUGAGACGCAAGGCCUAGCCAUUCACCCCUCGUCGAACGGGCCCGAUACGCCGCUUAAAGCACCUCAUUUGGAUCGUUUCACUUUGCUGAAUGCAAUGUUUGAUGUGAAUGGGACCAUCGAACGCUUUUUAUUGCAAAUCGUUUAUGUAGUUAACCGAGGAUAA